GCGGACUGUAAAGGAGGGGAACAACAGUCGGAUCAAGAUGGCUUCGUCCAUGAGUGGGAUGUUUACCGGGCAGCAGCCACCUGGUGCGCAUCCUGUCGGGGGACCCGGUGGACCGGGCCAGCCGAGUUUUGCUAGUGCCGCUCCCAGGGCCCAAGGAAACAACACGCUGGUGGAUGAACUGGAGGCUUCUUUUGAGGCAUGUUUUGCAUCCCUGGUGAGCCAAGACUAUGUUAAUGGAACAGACCAGGAGGAGAUUCGAACAGGUGUGGACCAGUGCAUACAAAAGUUCCUGGAUGUGGCUCGGCAGACUGAGUGCUUCUUCUUACAGAAGAGGCUUCAGCUAUCUGUGCAGAAACCAGAGCAAGUGGUGAAAGAGGAUGUGUCAGAGUUGCGUAAUGAGCUACAGAGGAAAGAAAUGCUGGUUCAAAAACACUUGACAAAGCUGCACCACUGGCAGCAAGUGCUCGAGGAUGUGAGCGGUCAGCAUCGUAAACCCUCAGACCUUCCCCCUCCUGGACCGUUGGCCUUUCUGGAGCAGGCCUCUGCAAAUCUGCCUCCUGCCCCUUUAAAGCCAAACUAACAUUUCACAUGUACAGUUGCAUCCUUUGAAACUGCCCCACUCUCAGAAUGUGUUGUUGUGCAUCCAGUGUGUGUAAUAAAUGAGCUGAAAACA